UCUUAGUGGCUGUUUGUGUCUUUUUGUUCACUACCGUGAACCCUUUGUAUUUUAAUACUUUUCCCUUGUUAAUAAUAUUUUCUUCUUACUUAUCAAAAAAAAAAAAAAGGAUUGUAUGCUUGUAUACAAAGACUAGUUCCUAGUGCUGAAAUUCAGGACAAGAUCAUGGUUGAGCUACCCAUGUAUAAGAAAGCUAAAGGACUCUUUGGCAUUCAAUUGGCUUUAAGAUCAAGAAAGACAAGGGCUCCAGGUAAGAAAGCAUUUAUAUCUAACUUAUAAUGACUAGAACAGUGGCACUUUUUACAAAUAAAAAAUCUGACUUCUAUGAUAUAUCAUAUAUCAUUACUCAUACUUAUUUUUUCAACAUAGCUGAAUGGUGGAGUUUGUACGGGAGCUCAACUCCGAAUUUGCAACAGUUAGCUAUAAAAAUCUUGAGCUUGACUUGUAGUACAUGUGGUUGUGAGCACAAUUGGAGCGUGUUUGAGCAGAUUCACACAAAAAGAAGGAAUAGACUUGCACAAAAACGACUAAAUGAUUUGGUAUUUGUGAAGUAUAAUCAAAAGAUGAAGGCACGAUAUAAUAAACGUGAUGUUAUUGAUCCCAUCUCCCUAGAUGAUAUAGAUGAAAGUAAUGAAUGGUUGUUGGGGGAAAUGGGUGCUAAACCAUCUAUGAAUGUUGAAGAUGAGUUGGUUUUUGAUGAUGGUUUGACAUAGGGUGUAGUGGCAAGAGUUGCUGGUGUUGGAGAACCAAGGAAGAAUACUAGAUUCCAAACAAAAUCAAGGGCAAGCUCAAAGGCCUCAACAUCACAACCAAAUAUUGAAGAGGAAGAUGCUGAUUCUGAUGAGACCGAGGAAGAGAAUGUUGAUGGUUAUAAAUCUAGUUCAAGUGGCUUUGAAAUUGAUGGAAACUUGAGUGAAGAGUCUAAUGAUGACCUUUAGAUUAAAACUAACAACCACAU